AAACAGUGUCAUUUUCACUAUGGCGAGGAGAUAAAGAAAUCGAACGAUAGACGAGGACUAGUCAAGGUGUUACUUCCCACCUUGCAGUCAGCUUUUUUGUUCCAUCCUGUUUUGACUUGAGUGACAAGUGUGAGACUGCUCUUGGUUUCACCCGUGGCAUCGAGAUAUGUGACGUAAGGAGGGAAUAAAACUGCAUCGCGUUCAAACAAGGAUGGUUUCUUUUGUGAGAGCAGUACGACGGUUCGAACUAGUUGGAUCUUUGAGCUAUGGAGAACACCUCGACUCGCAUCAGUGAUGCAGCUGGUCUUUGAAAAGAAAAGCAUUCGUUUUCAAUGUGUCCUUGUCCAAAAUGGAGCGGAUCAAAACCAUGUUCCUGAACGGUUCCUAAUGACACUGUCGCCCCCAACUUAGUUGUUAUUCGAGUGUUGGUGGCUUGGUUCGAUUUUGUACUGUAUCGCGUCUUUUAGAGAGCUGAACCAGGAGACGUCAAAAUGUUAACGGGAUCCAAGACUACCUUCAAAGUCAGGCAGAUCGUCCCAGAUAUGAAGGAGAGGAUGCUGAGUCACAGUGGGCUUCACACACGAGGAAGAGACAUGUUUGGUCUGCACUGUUUACCAGGCGAGUGUGUCCUCCAGAGGGCGGUGUUGGUGCGAAAGAAGCUCUCUGCCAGGGAGGGGGGCGGCUGGCUGGCGGGCACGCUUUUCUGCACCCACUUCCGCGUGGCCUUCGUGCCUCAGGACUGCCCGAAGCCCGAUGACAACGCUGACCCCGUCCUCCUUGGCGAUCAUGACGUGGCUCUCGCCUCCAUAGAAAAGGUGGUGGCUGUGGGGCCUUCUCGGACUAAGCUGGUGACCCCCAACUCGUCCCUGAAGUUCACCCCUGAGGAGCUGGUCUUGUACUGCCGAGAUCUGCGGGUCGUCUGCUUCCUGUUUGACCGGCUGACCCCCGAAACGCAGGCCAUGGAGAUCACCUAUUCUAUUGCUAAGACCUACCAACCCCUGAAGCCUGGAACCGUCCUCUCUUUCCAAAACGCUGCUCUGGGAAGUGUUGAGAUGAAGCAGUUCCUAAGCAACCGCAGGCGUGACGCCCAGAUGAACUGGUUUGAGAGCCCGGCCGACUGGGAGAGGGAUCUGGAGCGCACGGGGGCCGCGGGCUGGAGGGUCAGCGCCGUCAACGACCGCUUCGAGAUGGCCACGAGCCUACCCAGGUAUAAUGUGGUGCCUCAGAAGGUGCUGGACACUGAGCUGAAGAAGACUUUUGCCCACUUCAACGAAGGCCGCAUCCCUCGCUGGUGCUGGCGACACCCGCGGGGGAGUGACCUGCUGCGGACGGCCAGCUUCCAGAACAACAUCUACCACGAGAAGGACGACAUCAGGAACCUGGAGGCUCUCUUGUUCGGGGGCCAGCAGCAGUGUGUUGUCGUGGAGCUGGCAGAGGACAUGCCCACGCCAGCCGACAUCCAGCUGGCACACACCCGCCUACGGGCGCUCUGUCUGGGCGGCACGUCACAUGGUCUUGUUGCGUACACUGCGCACUUUAUUAAAAGGCUGAUGGGAUUUCCAUCCAGUGGUGGUGUUUAUAUUUCCACAUCUGUAUCUGUGCCAGAUGACAAAUGGCUGUCUACUCUGGAGGCCACUCGCUGGCUGGACCAUGCCAGGUGCUGUCUGAAGAAGGCUGCUGAGGUUUCCUGUCUACUGCGAGGUGGUCACAUGACCGUCAUCCUACAAGAGCCGGAGGACAGGGACAUGAACUGCGUGGUGUCCAGUCUGGUGCAGGUGAUGUGUGACCCGCACUGCAGGACCAUGCCCGGCUUCCAGGGCCUGGUCCAGAAGGAGUGGGUGAUGGCCGGCCAUCGGUUCCUCAGCCGGGCUAACUACCACCGGGAAAGCGAUAAGGAGGAGGCACCAGUGUUCCUGCUCUUCCUGGACUGUGUGUGGCAGCUGUGGGCCCAGUACCCCUCCCACUUCCAGCUCACAGGAGACUACCUGCUGGCCCUCCAUGACAGCGUCCACGUGCCCCUCUUCAGCACCUUCCUGUCCAACUGCCAGAGGGAGAGGAGCCGGCGCUCACAGCGCCUGUCUCAAAGCUACACCCCGGUGAACGGCUGGAGGGAGGUUCUGCCCAGGGACACCUCUCAGGAUCCGGUGGACCCCCCUCUCCCCCCGGUGUGGGACUGGUCCCUGCAGUACAGCUGUAACAGACGGGCCCGAUUCACGCACCCCGUGACCCAGCCCGUCCCGCCCCAGCUGGUCCUGAACGGGAAUCUCAACGCACACCCGGACUCCCACAAGCUCAGCGAUGGAGCUCCAGGCUCAGUGUUCCUGCUGUCCCGGGGUACUUUCUCGUCCCCCUCACACCUGCUGCCUUGGCGAAACGGCGGGGGGUCGGGGUCUUACCGGAAGAGCCACCGGCGGGCCCCGUCCUGCGAGAGCCUGCCGGGCCUGGAGCGUGUGAUCCGGGCCUGGUCCCUGAGCGAGGCCUCCAGACCCCCUCCCGGGCCCCAGGACCCACACCGGCCCCUGCUGCCGCUCCUGCUGGGCCCCUGCGUCAGGGUCUGGAGGGACUGCUACCUCCGGGGGGCGCUGCAGGCACAGGCUUUCUGCCACCCCACGCCCCCGUCCAUGUACCACCCUGUCGAUCAGUUGGCCUGGGAGGUCCAGCAGCUCAGAGACAAGCUGGCGUUGGCAUCGACCGGGCACGCUGCCACCACAGCUAAAAAGCAGGAGUCUCGGAGGCCUGACACCAACCUCAACCAGAACAACGCCACCUUCCUUUUCUCCACCCCCCGACCCUCCCUGACCGUGCCCCGGGGCCCGCCUCCGACGUCCGCCCCCCCCAGGGCCCCAAUUCCCAGCGCAGCCCCGCCCAAGCUGCCCGGCAGGGACGUGAGCAAGCGCACCUUCCUCUUCGGCCACCCGGCGGACGCCCGGCCGGACCAGCGCUACGCCCCCACGCCCGGCGCAAGGCUGCCCAAGAACAAUGGCCCUUCCCUGGGGUCUUGAACGGUGGACCUCUGGGCUGGACUCUUUGGCUGCACAGAGCUGCCAUAGCCCUGGCAGUGAAAGUCCAUAUGCAAGACUCUCUCAGCUCCUAGCCUCUGUCAUGCUGCAAACUUGGACUGAGUUAAAAUUCAGGUCUGACUCCCCUAAUAUAAUAAGACUUGGGCCAAUAUUAGUGUGUUACAAGUGUGGGACAUUAAAAAUGUCAGGAGCACAGCACAAUACAAACAGUAUUUGUUAUGCACUCUGAAAAGCUGAUGUCUACAGCUAAAGCUGAUUACUUCAAAUACAUAAUGACCGCACUUAUUCCUUUAAAGUAUUUUGGUAUCUUGUUUUUUUUUGUACUCAUUAGGGAAAUCCUAAUGGCCAGCUUUCAAAAUGAGCAAAAUUGAAAUCCUGACUAAAUCCAAGGGCUGCUCUCACUUUUGUCUUUUGACUAGAUUAAUGGUUACUCAUAUAAUUCUGUCUUGAUAGGUAAUGAUGAUUGUGUCUACCGCUGCUGGAACCAAUUAGAACACCACUGUUGAUUUCAUUGGAAGAUACAGCACUAAAUCUAAAUCCAUGCUUUGAAUGCUUAUUAACUUUAAAUUGCAAUUUGUUUAUAUAUGAGAAUAUUCAUUCCGGGGAAGUCAGGUAGGCAGAGGUGGUCUUCCUUUCCCUAAAAUGUACAUAGGGAAAGAAGGCUGUUGGUCUUCUAUUCAGGAUUAAUGGAUGCAUUGUCCAAGUGAAAUUGCAUACUUGUGAGUAUGGACAUUAAGAUUUAACUAAAGCUUGCUUGAGGAAAAUAUAUAUUGUCUUUCCUCAGCUUUCUGGUAUGUGACUGGAUUUGGGCCUAGUAAGAGACUUACUUGAGUGGUCAUAAUUUGAAAGUAAAGCAAAAUACAAAUGGGGACUACUUUUCACCCAAACUGAGAUAUAUACCAUUACAUAUUAGUGAUUACCCACAAGUGUUAGUGGAUUGUUAAACAUUCUACAGAAUUUAAAUAGAAGAUGGAUCAACAUGAAUAGCCUAAUGUUUGCAUACGUUUUAUACUUCAAUAUGUUAUUAUACACUUCUAAUGGUGACUUAAGGACAUUAAAAAAGGGUAACAUUGAAACCCAGUAUUCCAGGGAAAUGUGUACAAGUAUUAAUAAUUAUGAUUAUUCAUAUCCUUGCUGUAAUUAAGCAGUAAUUGUUUUUUCCCCAUUUAUAUUUAUGUAUUUUGCACAUGUAUGGUACUGAUAGAUGUAGCCUUUUAAAUUGGUGAAUGAAAGACAUUUUCAUUCUACUCUGCCAGUAGUGUGUUCUGGUUCAGGUUUAGAGGAGGAGCAUUGGGCCAUGCAGAGUUCAUUAAGACCUUUUGUUUCAAUGAUGUGAAUUUUCAGGCAUCAAAAGUGCUAGGACAAUUUCCACAGGUAGUACAGUGUUAAUCAGAAACCCAAUCGAUUUGAAUUGCAGCUUAUCACAGUGCAACUGUUUUUGACAAAAACCCUGCAAAUCCCAGUUUUAGUGUACUGCUCAUCAUUGUGCUAUAUACUGGCACCAUACUUGUCUAAACAAACAUGCACAGUCCACAAAAUAAUUAGAAACAGGGGCUUAUUUUUCUAUUGUAAAGCCAUGAUCUUUAUCCUGUUAUAAGCAUUCCGUUUCCAUUUAAAAAUUAGAUUCAUUCCUAUAAUGAUGGAUCUAUGAACAUAGCCUAACAUUCAACAUACAGGAAGAAUAAUUCUGAAAGCUGUAGUUUAUAUUGUGGUCGUACAUUGAUUAUUCUGUACACUAGUAGCUUUUUGCUGCCCACCUUCUACGGAAGAAACAAAGGUGAAAUGUUUCCUGCCAGAAUUGACUUUUUGGAACUUAACCAUGUCUUCAUGCAAAUGUUGGGCCUUUUUUGAAAGGCAGACACUCACUAGACUUGAUACUGGUUAUUGUGAAAAUUGUAAAUCUGGGUUUUGUUUUGGUACAAAACAAAUUUGCAAGAUGUACAUACAGUAUGUUUUCAUAUCAGUGGCUUAUUUAAUGCUCAAGAAUAAUAAAGCACCAUUUUAUCCCAGUCUCA